CAUAUAGAAAUUCGUUUGGUCGUAGUCCAUCUCCUAUCUAGAUCAAAUAAAAUGACUGGCAAGAUGUACAGUAUGCGCAUUGUCCAAGCAACGGUAGAUCUAGAUGAAGUCGUCGCAAACGGCUUUAUAAUAUGUGAUAUACUUCAACUCUGACGCCAAAUCCUGUACAUUCACCGUAAUUCGCAUUGUUUUUCGAACCGUGAAGAUCAUGCUGCUGCUACGACGGUAAAAAGGCAAAGGCAAUCCGAGCCCGAUCCUACUCCCCAUGAACGCUUUCACGUCAUCAACAGCCCGGGCCGCGAACCAGAAUAACGGCAACAGCAACGCGCGCACCAAUGUCUUUGGCACUUCUGGAGCCGGCCGUAUCCUCAGCAAAAACGUCCCCACCCCAAACUUCUCUGUGCUUUAAUUUUGGUCUUUUCCAGUACAUAAAACACCCCAGAGUUGUCAUGCAAGUGUGCGACGACAGGAACAUUUGUAAUGCGCAUCUCCAUGAGGAGCAUUUUCAAUCGUGUUUUGGCAUUUGUAAUGCUGUAAACAGGAUGAGCAGCUGGAUUUGUAUUGCGGCUCUCCCUGCUACCCUGCACUACACUAGGGACUACAAUUUGUCAUGCGUGACUCCCAAAACUUCUGGGUUUGUGUUGCAAAGUCCCCAUCUUGACUCUGGGGUGGGGACGUUUUUACUCAGGAUAGGCCGUGGCGGUCCCUCGUCCUCCUCGUCCUCGUCCUUCAACCCGAUUGCAGGAGGAAAUAUCAUAUCAAACGUAAAAAUGUCUGGGUCUGGAAGAAUGCAACUUGUCAUGCUGCAUUUGGAUUCCAGAAAAAUCUGUAUUGCAUGAGUACCAAAAGGAAUGUAAUUUUUGCUACGCGGAGAGGGCAUUUGUCAUGCGGAAUAGGCAUCAAGAAGCUCUGAAAAAAUCUGUGAUGCUAGGGCAUGCAUCACAGACAUCAGGGCUCAUGCAAAAUGUGCAUGACAAGUGUCAGAAUGUUCCAAACCCAGACAUUUUUACAGUUGAUAUAUCAAACCCGCACAUCACGCCGCGGCUCCUGGAGCUUCGUCUGCUUCCUCCGACUUCCGACAGUACACGGACGUCGACCAAGACAACGCGAAUGCGCGCAGCUUCAACGACGAGCGAAUUGAAAAAAUCAAAAACCGGGCGAAGUUGCGGAAAUGGGACCGACUGGAGGUCGAUUCGGAAACCGGAAAUCUGGUAGACACUGGUGGGAGCACUGCGGUACUAAGGGAACAGCAAGCUGAGGAAAAAGCGCAGCGCGAACGACUUUUGCUCUACAGAGGCGGAGGAACAACAGGAUUUCCUUCCACGACAGCCACAACCCUUGGUGCCGAGGAUGGGACGAGAAGGCAAGGGAGUGAUGAACUUCCACCUCGGAGUACGAGCCGGAUCAUCAAGAAGCCCCCGCCGCCCUCCGCGUCUUUACUUCGCUACGUGAUGGUCAUCUUGGAUUGGUCCAAGGAAAUUGACACGUCGGAAAUUCACUCGGUGUGGAAACCGUCCAACCGGGAGGGCAUGGCCACAACGGUGGUGGAUUUUGUCUCGUUUUUCCACAAGAAAAACCCAAUCUCGAUGCUCGGCGUGUCUCUCGCGAUGAACGGGGGCUGUGAGGUGGCGGUGCCGAUUUCGGGGAACAGCAGCAUGAGAACUUCUCGCGGAGCAUCUGCAUCUUCGUACGGGGCGACAGCAAUAAAUCCACCAAGCAGCAGCUUUUCUUCCGCCGCAACUGUAGGCUCUUCCUCUCCCUCCCCUAUUUCCUCAGCCAAGCGGGAUCAGUUGGUGCGCAUCUUGGAACGAAAGUCGGCGCACCUGUCGAGGACGGGCGGCGGGGUCGCUAGUACAACUACUUCCUCUUUGGCAAACCCUAUCGCAGGAGCAGCCUCAAGAACUUCUACAAAUGUUGCAACGACAAGUCCGCACGCGGGGAAGUUCUCCUUACAAGCUUGCAUCGAAUUGGCCGAGCAGCAGUUGAAGCAGUGUCCGGCCUAUGGGCGACGGGAGGUUAUUCUGUGCACGGCGAAUCUCGCGACUUUCGACAAAAAUCACAAGCAAAUCGAGUUUUACUGCAGGCAAUUGAUGCAGAAGGAGAAAUAUGCAUUGCAAAAGGAAAAGUAUCGUACUCGUAUAAAUGCAUGACAAAUUUCCUCAGCAUCAUGAGAAAUAAAAUUUGUAAUGCGGAUUUACCUUGAGAAAAAAAUUUGCAAUUCAUGACUGCAAUACGAGUGCGAUACUUUUGCACAGGAUAAGAAAAUUGAGCUCCACGUGGUCAGUAUCUCCCCGGAGCUGCGCAUUCUGAAGGAACUGAGUAGUAGUUACAAAAUUGCGGUCAACGCUGACAAAUUCAAAGAAUGUCUGUUCGCGCACUUGGAAAAUUCUAGUGCGCCGACGAAAGGGCAGCACGAGGGCGGGGAUGUCAGCAACAGCGCGACAACCACAACGACGAAACACCACCUGGUCCGUAUGGGCUUCCCCAGGUUGAUCAUCCGUCGCAGCGAAGUUUUCAAAGAGCGACUGGGAAUAUGCGGUGCAAAGGUAUCGUACUCGUACUAAUCGCAUUCAUGCAUUACAAAUCUUGCUAUUAAGGUACAUCCGCAUUACAAAUUUUCUUUCUCAUGCUGAGGAAAUUUGUCAUGCAUUUUUUAUACGACGAGGAUACUUUUGCAAUGCAUAAGGAAAAACGACAAUCGGCGACCCGGCGCUGUACGAGCGACUGUUUGGGAAAUCGUACCGGCUGGGUAGUGGGGAGGAGGAACACGAAGCCCUAGUAGAAGAUUCCACGGAUCACGAUGAUCCAUACCUGUACCAGUGCCCGGACUGCUAUGAACUGCAAAAGGAAAAGUAUCGUACUCGUAUAGAUGCAUUACAAAUUUCCACCUCAGCAACAUGAGAACUGGACUUGUCAUGCUGUUUUCCCUUAAGGACAAGAUUUGUCAUGCAUAGUUGCAAUUAGUACAUGUGCGAUACUUUUGCAAUGCAUAACUGCUUGGAUUUUACCAUUUCCCUGCCGGCAAAGUGCUUCACCUGUGGCAUCUACCUGGUGGAUGGGACCAGCUUGGUGGAGAGUCGGUGCAGUAGCGGGGCCGGGGGCGGCUCGGAGUCGGAGGUGGGGGCACAAGAACAUGCAUUUGCAAGUACAUCGUCCUCUACAGGAGUUGCUGCUCGCCACCUAUACUACGGCCGAUCGGAGCAGAAAAUGCUGCCCUUUGUGCGGCUAACCGACAACUUCAAAACAGAUGGCUCGAGCAGCCUCCAGGACGCAGGUCAUCGUCAGGCCGAACAAGGCACCUCCGCUGCUGCUGCUCUCCCAAAUAAAGCACGGAAACUAAUGCAGCCACCGGCCGCGUUCCCGCCCGCCAUCGGCAGUACGAACAGUAGUUCAAAUGUUCGAAAAAUAGGGCCUUCCACCUCUCCUGGUGCACCAUCAUCCAGCUCAACAUCCAGACUACGUCGUCAAAAGUUUUUGCCCUGCUGCGCGAUGUGUCAACAGGACUACGCGAAAGUCGAGUGUCCCGUGUGCAACUCGCACUUCUGCAACACCUGCAGCAUCCAGAGUCAGCUGUAUUUGAACCUCUGUCCCGCGGGUUGCAUGUUGGGCCACAAUUUAGUAGACAGCGCGAGGAUGAUUUCGCCGCCGGCGGAAGAUGCACUUCUUCGGCCUCCGGCUGGGACGAGUAUGAUAGCAACGAAUCCCACCAAGACGAGCAAGAGCAAGUUUCAGCCGCUGAAGCCCCUGCUCCUGGCCGCGCCGCCGAGUCAUCCGCCCUCGGAACUGAUCGUGCUGGUCUUGGACCUGAAUCCGUGUUUCUGGUUUUACGAGGCCGACAUCGGACUGCUCAUUCCGGAACUCGCUAAGCUGGUGAAGCUGGCGUUUUCUAGUGGAGGAGCUGGCAACUACGUCGCCGUGUUGGGCACAAUCAGGACAGGCCGGGAUGUUGGAGCAGGAAGUUCCUCUCGUUUCGAAGAGGACAAAGAGUUCAUUCAUUCCGCAAGUUCUGCUAGCGGUAGCUCUUCUCAGACGGGUGCUCCUGCUCGUGCUGCGAAGCAGGACUGCCAUCAUCUCCUUGCCGAGCUGAACACCGCUCUCCCCUACAACGCGAAUGUAUCCUGAGGAAAACUAAUGUCGUACAACUCGUAAUAUUACGUAGAAUGCAGCUCCAAUUUCACAUGACAAGUGUGGUAGCUUUCCUGCCUGAAUCCGCAUGACAAGUUCUAGCAGGAGUUCCUUCGGAAAAAUAAAUCAGGAGAAUGCAAGUAGACUACUAGUACGAUUGUACAACUUUUGCGAUGCAUAGAAUUUCAAAAACCCCAAAGCGAUGAGAUCCCCUCACGAGCAAGUGCAGGAGCUGGGUGAGCUCAUGUUGCUGCCUCCGGUCCCAGUUUCGGAGUUUGAUGCGCAUUGGCAGCGGCUAAUCCGGAACAUUCUGAUGGCCUUGCAAGUGUGGCAGAAAAGAGUCGUCAAGGCACAGCAGGUUGUUCGCGCCUCGGGGACUAGCACUACUUCACCAGCAGCAGCCGCAAGUAGAAGUACAAAUAGACCUGAGGCCCCCACGGUAAGGCUAGAUCGCGACCCCGGCGCAGCUGCUCAAAAAAUUUUUUCCGAUUGGUUCGAAGAGGAACGCGACUCCCUCAUGCCGGCUGUCCUCGCAAAGGCCCUGUGCCUACUCGCGAAGUUUUCCAGUGGCGACACGCGAAUAGCGAAUGCCAAGGCGACGUCUUCAAAUUCUAAUAUUUUCGAGGGAAAAAAUAAAAAUAAGAAGAACAGCAGCAAAAGGACAGCAGCCGGUGGUGCAAAAACAGCAGCUCUGGGUAGCUACAAUCCACAGGUAGAGGAGCUUUUGAAACAGAAGAACAGGCUGGAGCUUGAAGAAGAGGAGGAGGAAUUCUUCCUCGGCAGCGAGGACGAAGACAGUCCCUCUGGUGGUCACGCCAGCGGCUCAACAGCUUCACGAAGAAGUAACCAAGUCACCAUCUUCCAAAACGCCGAGGAGCUGAUCACCGCCAGCGCGACCGCACAGAUGGGGCUCGCAGGAACUACGUCUUCCGGGGGAGGAAUCGUAAACCACGACAGCGAAAUGAAUACAGGCUCUGGUAGCGCAGCGACUGCUGUUACUUCAGCAACUGUCGAUAUUUCCCAAGUUCAGCAGACGCUUCGCGGCAGGAUCAUCAUCAUCGACGGCUCGGUGAGUGAAACCCAAUACGCGGCUAUCAUAGGAAAAAGUGUUGACGUUAACGGAAUUUGUGAUGCAGUAACGCAUCACAAAACGUUCCGAAAUUUGUUAUGCACAGCAUGCAUGCUAGGCAAGAUUUGUAAUGCAUAUUUCCAAUCCGUGAAAAGAAAACCGUUAGCGCUUUUUUGUUUGAUAGCGGCCUUCUAUGACGCGCUGUUCCGCACGUUUCUGUCCGCGAUCCAACAGAAGGUCAGAGUGGAUUUACUGCGGUUUCCGGCGUCUUGCAGUGAGGCAGGAACCGCAACUUCUGAUGCAGCUCGUGCUAUGGGUGGAACAAACAGAAAUGGCACGAACGAGACAACAAGAUCCGCACUUCUUCCGUCUGAAGAUCAGCAUGCGGUUGAUGAUGUUCGCAACAUCUCCACGACCUGCAAGCGCUCCGUUCUGCUUCAGCAGGGCGUCGAGAAUAUCCCACAGAAAAAAGCUGGCAGGGCAUAUUUGUAAUGCAAAAAUAAAUACACAGAAAAAUGUGCCAUGGGCGGCCUCAUAGCAUGCUAUUUAGGAUAUGCAAUACAAGUUUUUCUGUCUAUUUAUUUUUGCAUUACAAAUAUGCCCUGCCAGCUUUUUUCUGUGUGAUAGAGAAGGCGAACGGGAAAAUCGUGGAGAUCGACAAAGUAUCAAAUGCAAAUAUGUCUGGGUCUAGAAGAAUGCAACUUGUCAUGCUAAAUCUGAAGCAUGCAAAAAUCUGUGUUGCGUGAUCACCAAAAGUCGUCCAGUUUUGACCAAGUCGGGAGGGAGUUUCUGAUGCAGGAUAGGCAUGAGAGAGAUCGCACAGAAUCUGUCAUGCUAGGUCUUGCAUUCCAGACCUCACGGGUCAUGGAAUUGCUGCAUGACAAAUCGCGCAUUCUUCCAGAGUCAGACACUUAUUACACUUGAUACAAAGUCGAGGAUAUUCACGCCACCGCGGCGCUGUACACCCUUUUCCUGCAGCCGAGCCCGAAAGCGGAACUUUUUCUGAAACCGCUCGAGCCGGCGAGCGUGUUGUUGAGCAUGAUGAGAACAAGCGGCAUGACAUCAACCUCGUCUUCGUCUACUAGCAAUUCGGCCAAUACCAUGUGCAACCUGGCGACGGUUUGCGCAUGUCACCGCAAGUUAGUGAACAGUGGCAUGGUCUGCUCUGGUAUCCUGUGCAAAAGUAUCGUGCUCGUAUUGCAAUCAUGCAUUACAAAUCUUCUUUUUUUUAAAUUACAUACGCAUUACAAAUUUUCUUUCUGAUGCUGAGGAAAUUUGUAAUGCAUUUAUACGAGUGCGAUGCUUUUGCAGUUCAUAUCUGGGUGCUUGUCUGUGUACUGCGAAAUGCAGGCGGUGUGCGGGAAUUGCGGGACCAGGUUCCAAAACUGCAGUGCUGAACAGACCCGGGGGUUUUUGAAAGCGUAUCAGUUGGUGGAAUGAGCUUGGAAGUCCUUAGCUGUUGUUUUCUUGCGAAGAAAGUAGCCACUCAGCGACAAGAGCUGCAAUCCAGGAGUUUUUAGCAUGCCCCACGUGCAGCUCCAAGAAAGCAGCCUCGCUGACUACAAAGACGACGCGCGCGAUGAUUUAAGUACUUGUACUUACAAACCGAAAUAAGAUGAACUUAGACGAGCCUCCUGAGCAUCUUUAGCAAUAUUGGCUGCAGUUGACC